UCUAUCUCCGCCGCUCUAUGGUACGCCGGGCCCCUUUCCAUCCCCGCUCCUCCCAUCCCACCCCGGUCCCAAUCCCAGUCCCGAUCUCAGUCCCGGUUCCGAGGACUAUCGCGACACCCAGACUCUGCGUCGCGAUUAGUUCUGGCGGAAGAGGAGGACCCCACUUCCGGCUGUGGCCGCGGCCCACUUCCGCCCUGAGCCGCCGGGGCGUGUCUGGCCGCGGCGCCUCCCGCGCUCUAUGGUCCCCACCGUUCCCAGGCUGCUCAGCGGCGGCGGCGGCCGGAGCCGGGAGGAGCUCGGCGGCGGCGGCGGCCUGCCGUGCCCUGCCCGCGCCCUUGGCGGCGGCCAUGGAGCUGGAGGUGCCCGAGGAGGCGGAGGGCUCGGCCGUGGCGGGGGCCGGCGCCAUCACCCCGGAGGCCGGCGCGGGGGACCCGGACGCGGCAGGAGGUCUGGCACUGAAGAAAGCAGCCAUCACCGAGGGCCCAUCACUACCAGGGCAGCCUGGCCAAGGAAAGAAGAUCGGUCAUCGGAGUGUUGAUGCUUCUGGAGAAACCACCUACAAAAAGACCACUUCCUCCACACUGAAGGGGGCCAUCCAGCUGGGGAUCGGGUACACAGUUGGCAACCUGAGCUCCAAGCCGGAGAGAGAUGUCCUGAUGCAGGACUUCUAUGUGGUGGAGAGCAUUUUCUUCCCAAGCGAAGGAAGCAAUCUCACCCCAGCUCACCAUUAUGCUGACUUCAGGUUCAAAACCUAUGCACCAGUGGCUUUUCGGUACUUCCGAGAGCUCUUUGGGAUUCGUCCAGAUGAUUAUUUGUACUCAUUAUGUAACGAGCCCCUGAUAGAGCUUUCCAACCCUGGUGCCAGUGGCUCCCUCUUCUAUGUCACCAGCGACGAUGAAUUCAUCAUAAAAACUGUGAUGCACAAAGAAGCUGAAUUCCUCCAGAAGCUCCUUCCAGGCUACUACAUGAACCUGAACCAGAACCCACGGACGCUGCUGCCAAAGUUUUAUGGACUGUACUGUGUGCAAUCAGGGGGCAAAAAUAUCCGCGUGGUGGUGAUGAACAACAUUCUGCCUCGCGUGGUGAAGAUGCACCUGAAGUUUGACCUGAAAGGCUCAACCUAUAAACGCCGGGCAUCCAAGAAGGAGAAAGAGAAGUCCAGCCCCACGUACAAAGACCUAGACUUCAUUCAGGACAUGCCCGAGGGCCUGAUGUUGGAUGCAGACACCUUCAGUGCGUUGGUGAAGACGUUGCAGCGAGACUGUCUGGUGUUGGAAAGCUUUAAAAUCAUGGACUACAGCCUGCUGCUUGGUGUCCAUAACAUAGACCAGCAAGAACGGGAGCGGCAGUCUGAGGGAGCGCACAGCACGUCGGAUGAGAAGCGUCCCGUGGGGCAAAAGGCACUUUACUCCACAGCCAUGGAGUCCAUCCAGGGUGGGGCUGCCCGGGGGGAGUCCAUAGACACAGAUGACACGAUGGGAGGAAUCCCAGCAGUGAAUGGCAAAGGAGAGCGUCUCCUGCUACACGUAGGAAUUAUAGAUAUCCUUCAGUCAUACAGGUUCAUCAAGAAGCUGGAACAUACCUGGAAGGCCCUUGUCCAUGACGGGGACACGGUGUCAGUACACAGACCCAGCUUCUAUGCAGAGAGAUUCUUCAAAUUCAUGACCAACACAGUGUUCCGAAAGAAUUCCUCUUUGAAGUCAUCUCCCUCAAAGAAAGGGCGUAGUGCCUUGCUGGCUGUCAAGACUUCUGGUCCAACAGCUGCAUUCUCAGCUAGCCAGCUCCCCUCUGAGAAGGAUGAAACGCAGUACGACCUCCGUGCAGCCAGGAGCUAUCCCACCCUUGAUGACGAAGGCAGACCAGACCUGCUCCCCUGCACGCCUCCUUCCUUUGAAGAAGCCACCACGGCCUCCAUAGCCACAACGCUCUCUUCAACAUCUCUCUCUGUUCCUGAGAGAUCCCCUUCAGAGACAUCAGAGCAGCCUCGGUACAGGAGACGCACACACUCCUCAGGGCAGGAUGGCAGGUCACACGAGGAGGUGCGAGUUGAAGAGGAACUUCAGCAGAUCAGUGUAGAGCUGGAGCCCAAAUGUGAUGUUGAGAUCGUAGCUCCCGAAGAAGACGACAAGGAAGAAGCAGCUUCUUCAGCCUGUGCCAUUGUAAUGUCCACAGCUACAAUAGAGGUGGAGACGGCCAGCCAGGCCUCCGAACCAGCCAGCCAGGCCUCGGAUGAAGAUGACGUGCCAGUCACAGACAUAUACUUUUUCACAGAUGGGAGGUACUGGAUUUACUCUCCCCGUCAGCGCAGACUCCGAACCACCUCGCUUUCCUCCAGGACUCCGACAGACGAGAGGAGUUGGGUUUACUCCCCGCUCCACUAUAGCGCUCAGCUCCACUCUGUCUCCGAUGAGGAGAGCGAUACAGUAAGUGUACGAGAAACACGUGCCGGGUGCCUGCUGUGUCACGGUCAGAACGUGGGCUCCCUGCAAGCUGAGCUUGCAGAAGGAGCUUCUGUGGCCUCCGUGCAGCUUUGGGGCUCUUGCAUGGCUGCAGCGGAGCCUUGGUGCAGCUCUGGCAGCAGGAGAGCUCUGCUGUGCCGCAGAGAAACCAUUCAGCUCAACAGGGGUUGAGUGUAGGGAAAGUUUGGGGUCUGCAGGUUCUCCAGGCGUGGCGGUGGUGCUGGGGGUUGCAAAGCAAGCAGACUGCCCUCCUCACCCCCCUUUUGGUUCUGGGGAUUUGGUGGGCUCAGACCAAACCCAACGCGGAGUGGAUGCUCGGCUGUUGACUCUCUGUUCUCUGCCU